GGGACUCCAACGAAACUGCAACCGAGGCUCAAAACGGUAGCUAACGUUAGUCUAUCAGUUGUCUACAAAAUGGAGACACCUGCAAACACUGCAGGAACAAACGUGACUAUACAAAUAACUGUCAUUCGUGGAAAUAACCUGCAAGGAAAAAAGUCCGACAGCUUCCAGAGUUUUCUGCAGGUUGAAGUGGAUGGACUAGAUCUGGGAGAGUCAGACAAGAAGCAGGUCCACCCUGUGGAGCAGCGUGUUGACUACAACUUUACCUGCAGCUUCCACUGCCCCAAUGACGCUGAGGCUCUCAGUAACAUCGCCCAUAAACCGAUCAUACUGACGGUGAUCGAGUUCCUGCCUGAGGAGAAGAAAGUUGAGGCGAAGACAGCGGUGCUGGGCCAAGCUGUGGUUGACCUGCUGCCGCUGCUACAAGGUCAGUGCAGCUUUUCGUCCACAGUCCUGCUGAAUCCAGUGAUCAGCUCCCCAGCCAAAGAGUCCUCCCAGGACAAGAUGGUAGUUUUUUUCUUCCAGAUUCCUCUAUCAGUGAAUGUUUUACAAUCACAGAGCAGCCGGAAUGUGGAGACAACAGUUAGGACCAGACAGAAGUGGGUGGCCAGCCAGGUUAAUGUAAAGUGGAAGACGAAGCAGUCGACCCUGGAUGUGUGUGUCAGUGUGUCGGAUCCAGUGCUGUCUGAGGCUGAACUCUCAGCCUCCAACCUGCUGAAGGUAACCGUGGAGACAGCCUACUCCAUCCCUGAGGCAUGGAUGCUGCAGUCUGGCCCUGCUUCCUGCACAUACACUGCUGCCCUGGAGGUCCCGCUUACUGCAGAGAAAGAACAGGUUCUGGUGUUCUGUGAAGGGCAGCUGAAGGCGGGGGGGCAAAGGGAGGAAACGGGCAGACAGAGGAAGAGGCCCCAUCAGGCCCUACUGGUCCCGGGGAACCACUUCCUGCCUGAUGCCUUUUUCCAGGCAGAGCCCAUUGAACAGGAGGACGGCGAGCUGACUGGCUUAGAGGACCGGGAGUUUCGCAAUGAGGCAGAGACCAUGAAGAAUAGGGUGAGCUGGGACACAGAGAUGUGCUGCUUCCUGGAUGCAGGAGGAACUACCAGGCUGCGGCAGAGGAUCACUGAGAACAGACUGUGGCCAGUGGAGAUUAUGAGGUCGGCUUCGCCGUCAAAGGCAGCAGAAACCAAGAUGGUAGAUGAGGAGAACCCAGAGAUCCCCUUCCACGGUGUGGCGUUUGUGGACAUGGGGCUGCUGCUGUAUCCAGGAGUCAGCCGCAUCCGAGGUGCAUACAGUAUUCAGCCGUUCUCCGCGGACGAGUUGCUGAACAAGGGCAAGCGGAGUGUCAGUGUGUUAAAGGAGCAGGCCAAGGCUGCAACCAACCUUGUCAAAGCUUGUGCUGGCUCAGCUGCAGGUUCUUACAAGGCUAAGGCAGGGAAAACCUUGGAUGGAAGCCACAAGGGAGCCAAGGAUUCAAAGGAGCCAGCCAAAAAGCAUUCUGGCAAUCAAAGCAGGAUGGCUGCAGCCGACGGCGCCACCGACAGCCUGACCGAAACUGAGCCGCACGUCAAUACGGAGGGAAAUAUGUAUGUGGAGGCCAGAACUUAUAUUAUCAUUGAGAUAGCCUUGGAGAAACCACUGGUACCCAAAACAUCUCCAGAGGAGCUGGCCAGGAGGGUGAAGGUGUUGAUCCCACCCAGACCUCCACUUCCAGCGGGUCCUAGCAGAGCAGAAAGAGCAGUGCUGGACUUCCACAGGCAGGUAGGCAAUGUGGUGACCCAUGUUUCAGACCAGUAUGAGGAAUUGUUUGGAGCAAGGUGCAAGCCGUCAGAAGACUGCAGCCGGGAGCAAAUGAAGAUUCAGCUAAUGGGAACGCUCAAUGUCUCUGCAAGAUACUUCACCUUCAAGGAACAAAUGAAGCAUGCAGUGGUGAGGAUUGUACGUGACAAGAUGCAGCGGACAGAGCCAUUGAUUGACCCUCAGGAGCUAAAGGCGUUUGUCAGCAAGCUCUAUGUCUACCUGGUGGACGAGAUGCACAUAGCUCUCAACAAGAUUUAUUCAGAUGAUGUUGAUGAUGACUCUCCGGAUGAGAUCCAGUUGAGUUCUUCUCAGCUCAGACAUUUUGCCAAAGAGGCUCAGCUUACUGGGGAUUAUCAGCAUGCUGUUCAGUACUACCAAGAGCUGGUGGUGAGGCACCCCAGAGAGCCCUCCCACAAGUUUGAGUGGGGAAGCCUCUACAUGCUGACCGGAGACUACAUGAAGGCUAAAGAGUGUUUCCAUGACGCGGUGUCCAUCCAGCAGGCACACCAACCCAGCCUGAUGAUGUGUGGGGUCUUGGCAGCGAUGUUGGAGCAUUACGAGGAGGCCCAGACCUUCCUCGAGCGAGCCACAAGCAUAGACCCGCCCAGUGUGGUGGGCUGGACGCUGCUGGGUUUGCUCCAUGAAAGCCAGAACGAAUCCAUACUGGCUGAGAGGGCUUUUCUGGAGGCCAGAAGGCAGCUGAGGGAAAAAGAAGCAAAGGAGCAAACACAGAGGGAGGAGGAGAAGAAAGACGGUGAGAAAGACGAGGAGAAAAAUGAGGAGAAAGACCAGCAGGAGGAAGAGGAGAUGGCCAUGCCUGCAUGUCAGUCUCCCACAAUUAAGCUAGACCCAGAGUGUGGAGACCAGGACUCAGAAGCGCAAGGAGAGCCUCCAGCUCCAGAUCAGAGUGUCAGCUCCAGAUCAGCUCCAGCUAAACUCUCCUCCACCAUUUACACAGAAACGGUUCAGUUCCUGCUGCAGAACUUUGCCCUGCAGAUGGCAGAGUAUGCUCUGUCCCAGGAGCUGCUGUGUUCAGACGGUGGUCGUUGUGUCUCCUAUCUUCUUCAUCUGGCCCAGUUGCAGCUGCUCAGAGGUGACUACUGCAGUGCCGCCGCCAGCCUCAAGGAGGUGCUGUUUCACAACAACCAGGAUGCGGACGUGUGGGCUCUGAAUGGUCACUGUCACUACUUGUGGGGGGCGUUCAGUGACGCCCAGGAGAGCUAUGAGCGGAGCCUGAACUUCCUGCAGCAGCCAUCAGACUCUCACCUUGUCCUCCUCCGCCUAGGAUCCAUCUACCUCCAGCAGGGGAAGUUUGGGCAAGCCAAAGUUGUCUACGUGCAGGCUUGUGAACAGUCUCCGUCCUGCCUGACCUGGCUGGGCCUGGGCACCGCCUGUUACCAGCUGGAGGAGCUGUGUGUAGCUGAGGAAGCUUUGACUGAGGCCAACCAUUUGAACAACCAGAAUGCAGAGGUGUGGGCUUACCUGUCUCUGAUCUGCCUCAGGUCUGGCAGACAAGAAGAAGCAGAGCAGUUUUAUAAAUAUGCAACAAGGUUCAACCUCCAGAAGGAGUCACUAAUCAAAGAGUUCAAUGAGCUAAAGGAUCAGCUCUGCAUCAGUCAUCUGGCGUCAUGCUUUGGAACAAGCUUUGAAGCUGAGGUUCUGGCCUCUUCAUGUGCUCUGUUGCAGUGAGAUCACUGUCUGACCCGAGCAAAGACUUCUCGCAGCCACGGCGAAUCCUCAUAGAGGCGAGGGUCACCCAGAUACUCUGAGGUCCUCUUGUACAAGUAGUAGUACAACACAGAAGCUGUGAACGGGAAAAUAUAUGAGGAGGUUUUAACAUACAAAAACACCAAAACAUACAGAAAAUAGACUUGUUCUCUCUAUCUCUAAUAAGUCAGUGUAAUUGUUCUGUUGUUAAAUCGAGAAUUAUAAAUUAAUGUUUUAUCUGUUUAACCCAAUUACUACAAAUCACACAGUGCUGCUAACUCUUUACUUGUUUUUUAAAGAAUUCAUGUAACUGUGCAUUAGCUUUCAAUAUUGUAAUGAAAAUGAACUUGCUUGAACUUGCUUUAACUUGCUUGAGUUAGUAAAUCCAUCACACUAACUGAGUGCACUUUUUUUUUAAACCAAUCUCCAAACGUGACAAAUGUCAUUGGUAUGAAUAAAUAUAUCAAAUAUA